AUGUCGUCUGAGAAAGAAGCUGACGAUGCUGCCAAGCACGGCGGCACCAACGAUCCGCCAGCACCGGCCGGGCGCCGCUCGGGAGACAAAGAAAAGACAGCAAGCACAUCGACAUGCCCUUCAUCGUUGUCGACGGACGAGGACCUGGCGACCUCGCUCAGGCAGCUGCUGGUCGAGCACGAGCUGGAUCAAAACUUCCCGCGCGACAUUCUGGCCCGGGCGCAGCAGUUCCUGCAAAGCCACAAGGAUGGUACCGUCGAUGUGGACGUGGCGCGGCAACUGGUCGAGGACUUUCGCGAAUACAAGGAGCUGAAGCUCAACAACUCGGCGUACGUCGAGGUGCGAGCCGUUGUCGAAACAACAGACGACCCGAGCUUGCCCGUGGGUACGUUCCGCGUGCUGUUGAUCGGCACGCUCUUCGUUCUUUUCGGCACGGCCAUGCAUCAGUUCUUCUCGUUGCGCAUGCCGAGUAUCUCCCUCUCGACGUUCGUUGUCCAGCUGCUGUCGAUGCCCCUGGGCGCCGGGAUGGCCCGGUAUCUGCCGACGCGACGCUGGGGCGGGAAUGGUCGGUUCUCCUUUACCCUCAACCCAGGCCCCUUUAACCGUAAGGAGCACUUACUCGUGGUCAUGAUGGCCAACGUCGCUUUCGGCAGCCACUACAACGGCGCGUACAUCGUGUCCAUUAUCCAGGUUCUAAAGCUUGAGCGCUUCUACGGGGAGAAGGUGCUGGCCAACAGCAUCCCGUGGCAAAUGCUCACCCUAAUUAGUACGCAGAUGAUGGGCUACGGCUGCGCCGGCCUGGCGCGACGCUUCCUGGUGUACCCGCCCGCCAUGAUAUGGCCCAAGACUCUUCCCACCCUUGCGCUGACAAGGACGCUGUGCAGGGACCAGGACGACCAAGGGCCCAAGGGCCGAGAGGGCGAACGGGGCGCCUCGGCCGGCGGUUGGACCAUGUCGCGAUACCGCUUCUUCUGCAUCUGCUUCGGGACCAUGUUCGUCUGGUUCUGGGUGCCAAACUACCUGUUCGAGGCCCUCGCGCUCUUCAACUGGCCGACGUGGAUCUCCCCCGGAAACAUCACCCUCGCCCUCAUCGCCGGAAGCACGUGCGGGCUCGGGUUCAAUCCUUUGCCAACCCUGGACUGGAUCACGGCGACGUACCUCGUCGAUCCAAUCGUGACACCUCUCUUUACCCUGGCCAACUUUGCCUCUGGAAUGGCCAUCGCGGGCAUCAUCGUGGCGCCGCUGCUGUACUUUAACAACGUGUGGAACGGCGCUUACAUGCCCAUCAACAGCAUCCAGUUCUACGACAACACGGGCUCGGUUUACAACGUGCACCGCAUCCUCAACCGCGACAUGACGCUGAACGAGGAGGCCUACCGCGCCUACAGCGUCCCGUGGAUGGCCACGACCAUGGCAGUGAAUUUUGCAGCCUGUCUGCUCCUCUACUCGGCCGUGCCCGUCCACGUCGCGCUCUGGUUCCGGCGCGAUAUUGCGGCCGGCUUGCGCUCGUGCUGGAGCCGCCAGAAGCGCUCGGAGCAGUUCCGUGACGUCCAGAACCGGCUCAACUCGGUCUACAAGGAGUGUCCUCACUGGUGGUAUCUGGUGGUGCUGGCUCUUUCGUUUAUCCUUGCCUGUGUCUCCGUGACGGCCUGGCCGACAGGCACCCCUGUCUGGGGAAUUGUCCUUGCCGUCAUCUUCACAUUCUUGCUGCAGAUCCCCAUCGGCAUGUUGGCGGCCAUUUCCAACUUCGAAAUAGGCUUGAGCCUGCUGGCCAAUAUCGUCGGGGGCUUUGUCUUUGAGUCUCAACCCAUCCCUCACAUGAUCUUCAAAGCCUUCAGCUACAUGGCGACGUCCCAAAGCCUCACGUUCGUCGCGGACCUCAAGCUCGCGCAUUACGCCAAGAUCCCACCGCGAUGGGCCUUUGCCGCCCAGGUCUACGCAACCGUCAUUGGAGCAUGUGUGGCGUGGGCCGUCAACCACUGGUCGCUGCGCAACAUCGAGGGCGUGUGCCUCGAGGGCCAGCGCGCACGCUUCACCUGCCCCGGAACCCAUUCAUUCUUCCUCGCCAGUGUCUUUUGGGGCGCAGUCGGCCCGCGCCGCCUGUUUGGCCGGGACAGUCCGUACCAUGUCUUGCUGUACUGCAUCCCCUUCGGCUUCUUCCUCCCCAUUGCCGCCUACUUGGCCGUCAAGCGGUGGCCAACGUCGUGGCUGCGCAACUUCAACGCGCCCAUCUUCCUGGCCGGGCCGUUCGGAUGGGCGCCGUACAACUGGAGCUACAUCCAGGGAUCCGUCGUGCUGGCCAUCUUCUUCAACUACUUCAUCAAGCGGCGCUAUUCGGGCUGGUGGGAGCGGUACGCCUACGUCCUUACCAGCUCGUUCGCGGCGGCGACGGGCGUGGCGGCCCUCUUCCUCUUCUUUUGUCUGCAGAAGUGGGACAUUCGCCUCAACUGGUGGGGGAAUGAAAUCGCCGGCCGAGGCGUGGAUCGGGGCGGCUUCGUGGAUGGGGACGGGGAUCAGGUUCGGUGUGCCCACUUGAAGCUGCCCCCUGGAGGGUCGUUUAGCUCUGGUUUCUGA